UAGUGGGAGAAUUCUGUACAGCAAACUACAUGGUGCUGGAUGAAGAUUCCCCAUAAGGCGCACAAUCUACAACUUCUGGUUGUGGGAACGAUUGCCCUGUACAGUAACGGAUAUGUAAAAGCUGACAGUAAAUGUUUUUUGCCAUUUCCUGAUUUGCACUUGCAUUGUGGCAGUGAAGAUAUCAGUGGGAGCAUCUACUCCAAGGAAUACCAUGGUGGACUGAUAGGAAGCCAUGUCUGCAUGGCCAGCUCUGGACACACCCUGCAGAAUGGCAUGCCACUCAGGGCAGAAGAGGAGGAGGAUAGGAAGUCACUAGUCAAGGGCUACAGCAUGGAAAAAGAAGACAUCAGCUUUGUGAAAGUAGAAGUCCCUGAUGAUUACACAGAUUUUGCUUUAAAAACAGCUGGAGAGCAUUUUCACAUUAAAAGGAAGAAAGGGCCGGCCCCAAAGAUGUUGGGAAAUGAGGUCUGCAGUGUCUGCGGUGACAAGGCUUCUGGGUUCCAUUAUAAUGUGCUCAGCUGUGAAGGAUGCAAGGGUUUCUUUCGCAGAAGUGUUAUCAAGAAUGCCCAGUACAGUUGCAAGAAUGGUGGCCGCUGUGAAAUGGACAUGUACAUGCGCCGGAAGUGCCAGGAGUGCCGAUUGCGCAAGUGCAGAGAAGCAGGCAUGCUGGAGCAGUGUGUCCUUUCAGAGGAGCAGAUUCGAUUAAAGAAGAUGAAAAAGCAGGAGGAAGACUGUGCUAAGACAACAUCAACAUCACAGACUCCCCCACAUCUAAUGGACAUUCCUCAGCUAACUCCAGAUCAAGUGGAGAUGAUUGAGAAAUUGGUAGCAGCACAGCAACAAUGCAAUAAAAGGUCAUUUUCAGACCGAAUCAAAGUUACGCCAUGGCCACAGAGUCUGGAUCCUCUGAAUCGCGAGGCAAGGCAACAGCGCUUUGCUCAUUUCACAGAGUUAGCUAUUGUAUCUGUUCAAGAAAUUGUUGAUUUUGCCAAACAGCUGCCUGGCUUCUUAGAGCUAACAAGGGAAGACCAGAUUGCACUGCUUAAAACAUCCACCAUUGAAGUUAUGCUACUAGAAACAUCUCGCAGAUAUGACCCUCACAUUCAGAGCAUCACCUUCCUGAAGGAUUUGAGUUAUAAUCGUGAUGACUUUGCAAGAGCUGGCCUCCAGUUUGAGUUCAUCAACCCCAUCUUUGAAUUUUCCAAAUCUAUGAAUGAACUGCAGUUGGAUGAUGCAGAGUAUGCUCUUCUGAUUGCAAUUAACAUCUUCUCUGGAGAUCGCCCAAAUGUGCAGGACCAUGAGCUGGUGGAGAAGCUUCAGCAGCCAUACAUUGAUGCCUUGAAUUCCUAUGUCUGCAUCAAAAGACCAAAUGAUCACCUGAUGUUCCCACGGAUGCUGAUGAAGCUGGUGAGUUUGCGAACCCUCAGCAGUGUCCACUCAGAACAAGUGUUUGCAUUGCGGCUGCAGGAUAAGAAGCUGCCACCUCUACUGUCAGAAAUCUGGGAUGUCCAUGAAUAAAUUAGACCUUCUUCACCCUUCCCUUUGUUGAGGACUACUAAAAAAAACUUUUUUGAUGAGCUUUGAUGAUGCCUUCUCUGUCAUCCCCCCUGACAAUGUACACAGUUAAAGGGCAGAUUUCUUACCUUCUUGCACACUACUGACUGCGGCUGGCAACGCAGAAUCACAAAAGCAUGGACAAAUAGAACUGUUUUCUUCCUGGUCUUGUAAAUUCUAGAAAUCAAUGAAGAUUCAAAGGAUGCAAGAGAAGAUAAUUAGACAUGGCAUUGUAAUGCAGAUUCUGCCAGCAUAUGGAACUCAGGGGAAGGGAAGGAGACGUCAAAAAAGGAACUCUUAAGUCAGUGAAAGAAGACAAUGUGCACUGUCUCUUCUGCAGGUACAUGAGGAGAUAGAUGCAAUGUUGACAAAAUAGUUGGUUGCCACUCAUCUGUUAAAAAUGCAGAGCACAAAAUUUUAAAAGUGUUUUCUCCUUUUAGUAAUUGACACUUACUUGUAUUCUUAAGAACAGUGAAAAUCUUCUGUGUACCAGUCUGACACUGAUAAAACCAAGAUAGAUUUCUGCUUCAAGAAAAUCAGCCUGCAUUGCAUUUCUUCUGACACUUGAUAUAUACUUCAGGAGACCUGGAGUGAUAAAACAGAGGAAUGCCCCCCCAAAUCAGAGGUAGUCACUCGGUAUUCAUGGGGGCACAUUUGUACCAUGAGACCCACAGUCUUUUUGCAGUUUUUUCUUUCUCUCUUUGUUUCAUCUGAAACUGGGCAAGUCCAUACAUUUGAGUCUCCCAGUGUAGUAUCUUUCUCUCCAUUCAAACUUUAUCACCCGAUUUAUAAGAAAUUUCCUGUUGAAACAUUAUUGCAUGAAUGAACACCAGGCACUUCCACAUAAAUAUUUAUGGUAUCUCAGAGGUGUUGUUCAGUGACCAGUGUGCUGAGACUAUGCCCUCUGUGGUAGAAAUAACAUGAUGGUAUCCAUUUAUUUUAUUUUAAUUAGCUGUUUAGGGCUCUGGUCAGGGACAACUGCAGAACCUUUCCCAUCUCUGCUUCUCCUUCCAUAAUUGCUGGUAUUAAUUUGAAGGGAUACCAUUGGAAAUCCACCAGUUCUAGAUGGCCUAGGGACCAUGAGCUGCCAUCUUUUGAGGCAAGACCAUUAUCCAUACUGUGCAUGCUAUUUCCCCAUUGUGCUUUACCAAGAAUGAUUGCAUAUAAUGAUGUUAGCACAACAUGUAUUUGCAUAGUUAAUGAAGGUCUGUUGUGCCCUACAUCAUUUGUCUGUUAGCUGCUGUUCUUUCCAGUCUCCCCCCUCUAUCAAGUCAGAACACUGAAGCCAUUACCUCCAGAAAAUGAGAUAUGUUCUUAAAAUUCUUACAUAUUUUGUCUAGGCUGCCCUUCUCAGGAAGGAAGUUGACUGGGGAGGGGAAAUCAGCUGAUAACAAAUUGCCUAUAUAUCCAUUUUUCAAAACUGACAGACCAAAGCCACUAAAUACCUCCCUCCCCUGACAUGUACCUAAACCUGUGUGGGUUUGCUAUUCCUUUCUUCUGCUGACUUAGCCCUUUUUUCUACUAGCUGUGCUCAUUUCAAUUGUCAUUUUCCAUCUUCUUUCCCUUUUGCACUGUCCAUGUGCUGCUACUUGUGUGACAAGUUAAGAUGUGGGUCUUCUCUCAAGAUCCACUAUAAAUAAUCAUAUAUCACUUAAUCGAUAUGUGUAUAAGCGAAAGUAAAAUGUCUAAAACCUUGGACUGCUGCAAGCACAAAAUGACAACACUUCCAAGUUUAACAAAACAUAAAGCAGAUUUUAUGGCAAUCCCCUGCAGUUCAAACUUUAUAUAUGCUAAUUCCAAGAUCACAUAAACUUGGAGAAAAAGGAAGAACUAGGAAAAAAUACUUUUCUUCUUCAAGUUCAGUGAACCACAAACAAGGACAGUUUUUGUCUUGGUAUGUCUGGCUUUGGGUUGCACAAGGAUAAAACUGUGAUUGCCAAUCAGGUGACUGGGAUUUGAUUAGUGGCCCUGACAAUGGAGGAACCAAGCAGUGAGGGAGGGAAGUGAAGGGGUCUGUUCAACUCUCCUUUUUCCCAGGGAUGGGGAGGAUAGUGUAUACUCAGUGGCAUACUGGGUGGUGUAGUCUUCCUGAUGGAGACCAUGGAAAACUAUACUCUGACUUUGGCAAGAGGUGUAUGGCUCAUUGAAGGGAAUUCCUAUUAAGAAAGUAAUGGUAUGGUCUCUGCCAUCAGCCCAUUGCCUGCCCUUCACCGAGUGUGAACAUGAGGUUAUAAAAAUAAAAAAAAUCUGAAGCCACUCCUACUAGUUGUCUCACUGUGAUGGCCCUGCGUGGUCAAUUGUCUCCACAGUGAUGGGGAGUGAAUCGGUCAUUUGGCAGGAAGGAGGCUAAAAACUGACAGGCAGCUAAGGCAAAGAAAGCAAACAAAAAGUUUUUGUCUAGGGUAAUCUUAGUCCAGUGCCCCUGAUGUCUGUAACAUUAGUGCCAAUACAGCAUGUUUCACUGCUCUGACUUUCUAGUAUGUUUCACUGCUCUGACUUUCCAGCAUGCUUCACUGCUGUGGCAUUCAUGUUCUACCAAGUUCACAUUUGUGCCAGUUUCUGCUUCUGCACCAGCACUUCUUGCUGACCAGUCCAAUUUGCAUCUUCAUGCUGAGGACAUUAUGACCCAAACUGUGCAGCAUUUCUUAUUAACUUUAGCUACUAGAAGGUGGUCUUCUUCUAAACCGUCUCCUUCUGAGGUACACAAGAAGGCCUAGUACAAAAGGAAACACAUUGAUUCCUGCAUAAAGUCUCCCAUGGCUGACAUGGGUGAUGUGAAGUAGGUCAGUAAUUUUUCUGCACCCUGCCAUGUCUAUAAAUUCAGGAAAGUCCAGGAAGUUAUGAGCCAAAAGUGAACUUGGCCAUCUGACCCCCUAUGUCUUUCCUGUAGUGAAAGCUGCAGAAUGCUUUUAGAUCCUCCCAUUAACUUCUUGGUUGAUCACCCAAUUACAGAUCCUCAGGAAAGCAGACAGAGUGCUACCUCUUCCCAUGGAUAGCUGUUUUUGGUUGAAGACUUCUAAACCAUGACAUUUUGGUUUUGGCAGUGGCUUUCAGGAAUACUCCCACACCCCAGAAACCUGCAGUACACCUUCUUAGCAACAAGUACAGAGUGGCUGACCACUUAGGAAAGCAGGUCGAUGCAUCCUUGGACUUUUCCCUGAUGGUGCUUAGUUACUUGGACCAUAUCAUGGACUUCUGCAGAUAAAAUUCUGGUAGGCGGAUGCACACCAUCAGCUUUUUGCUAGCUUGACCUGUCAAGGGCAAAACAAAUUUGCUUAUCACAACAGUUUUGAUGACAGCAAACCUUACUGUGAUGGGUGAUAUUUAAUGUGCUGAUGCUUAUUCUGGAGCUGUGACAUUUGACAUCACUGUUCACAGGCAUGCCUAGCUGAAGAAAUUAUGGCAGCUGAUGCAGAGAGUUAAGGCUGUGAGCUGUAGUUCCUGUGGUACAGGGUUUGAUUCAGUCACCCUUCAUUUGCCUACUGUGUCACAUUGAGCAAGUCACGUAACCAGACACUGCUUAGGGGCAACUGGAAAUUUGGGCUGGGUUCUUCAGUGGUCAACUGGCCUGCAAGCCUGGUAACUACUUUUGAACCUAUGAACUUCAGUGAGAACACCAGUGCAACUUUUAUAAAUGUUUCCUUUUAUGGAUAUGAGAUAUUUGGCACUAAGGUUAAGACACAUAUGUAGAAGAUGGAAUAGGAGAGUAAAAUUAUAACAGCAGUUGUGUUUGAGUCACUGAUUUUGCAAAGAAGUGGGAGGUCAGAUAGGGUUGGGGGAAAAAAUCCAUGCAGAUAUGGCAAGAACAAGCAAACAUCAUCUGGCUAGUGACUGCAGUUCAGGAGUGAACCCUGGUUACCAGAAGUAUAUGACAGAGAUCUUAUCACCAAGCUACCAUAUAACCCAAUAAGUGUUAAGUUUUCAAGAACCCAAAAGAACUCUCUUCAAAGGGCAGUGACCAAAUAAAUAGAACUUUGGAGAUAGCUCAGACAAUCAGAUCAACUCCCAGAAAGGCUGUGGCCAUGGUCAUGUUUGUCAGAAAUCCUCAAGCAGUCGGAGUCCUCCAGCAAAAGAGAAAUAACAGUCCUGACAUCUUGUCAGACUGCUCCCCUCUGGAGGCAGUCAUGAGUUAUUUGCCUCUUCACCUUUCAGUAGGGAAGUCCACAACCACUAUGGACAGAUGGGUGAGAGCAGUACUUACCAGGUGUUAAAAAACUGCUUUCCAGUCAGCCCCAACACCCCUGUCUCUCCUCCUGUCACAUAUCAAUCCAUCAGAAAAGAGUGUCAAAAGUAGAGGUCUCAAACAUCUUCUUAGAAAAAAGAACCUUCCUUGAGGUUCCACUAGACUAAAAAGGGUCCAGGUACUACUCGAGGUUAAUUUUGUUGUUAAAAAAAGACAAAGGACCUCAGGCCCAUCUUAGACUUAAGCAGGCUAAACUGAUUCAUCCAGAGAGAGAGAAAUUCCUGUUAUAUUAUCUUGAUGCAAUCAUUUCCUGACUUGAAUAGGCAAAUUGGGUGUGCUCUGGGGACCUCCAGGACACCCACCUUCACAUAAAAAUCAGGAAGCAGUCCAGAAGGUAUCUGUGCUUCAUAUCUGGAGCCAGUCACUCCCAUUUUCAAACCAUACCAUUUGGUAUAACCUUAGCCUAGGAUGUUCAUCAAACGUAUGUCUGUGGUAGCAGUGGACCUGUAACUACAUACCUGAAUUACUGGCCCCUUGCUUUCUCUUUCUGUAACUCAACAGGUAUCUGUGAAAGAAUAUGUGAUUCAUUUGUUCUGAUCCCUGUGAAUAACCAUCAAUAUAGCCCAGUCUCAGCUGCAGUGCUGUCAGUGUCUGACAUGUAUAGAUUGCAGCCUGAGCACCCAUUUAUGUAGAAUGUGACUCCCUGAGAACAGAGCUCAGAAAUUUCAAUCCAAAGUUUCUGUUAUUUAAAAUUCUUUCAUAGCAGUAGCUUAUUAAUAUCUCAUGUUGCUCAGUCUCAUGACACUGGCAAUUUCCAUGAUUCUUUAUGCAAGAUUUUAUAAUGGGAGUUCUUCAGUAUACCCUUCAUCCUGUGUUCUCAGAAUACAAAUUCAGUGGAGCAAAAAAGCUGCAUAUGUCACUUGCAAGUGACAUCUGUAGUAGUGGUUGGAUGGUUGGAUGGAGAUAGUCUCUUUUUAGGCAAUCCCUUCUGUCUUUCCCCUUCAUUGGUGACAGUCACUACAGAUGCAUCAGCCAUGGGGUGGAAGUUAUUACAAAGGGUGGAUGGUUCAUGGUGUCUUGAUGUCAUCUGAAUUUUCCAUGCUUAUCAGCAUACUGGAACAUACAGCAAUCCCUCUGACCCUCUAAGCCUUCUAGGACUCCCUUCCAUCAGGAGUCAUAACCAAACAAACAGACAAUAUGGCAGCUUUAUGGUACAUAAAAGGUAAGGGGGAGCUCUCUUCUACUCCGUAUACCAGGAAGCUAUGAGAGUGACAGAAUAUACUAUGAAACUGCGACAUUGGCUUUGCCAUGGGUCCAUGUGAGUGAGUUCACUAUUCUGCUGCAUGCACGCCACCCAAACAACUCCAGAAUGGGCUUUAAUAUGGGUGCUGUGGCUGUAAAUUCACAAUUUUCCCACUUUGAUGUUUCAUUUUGAUGGUAGUCAAUAGCUUCCACUCAAUGAUAUGUAGGUUGACAAAAAGACUGGCUACAUUCAGUGUUUCCAUAAAUGUAUUUAUUUAUUUAUUUGACAUUUGUUAACCAGGAAUGUCUGACUGAGCAAGAGACCAUUGCCCGGGGAGGGGGGGACCCUAUACAGAAAAAAAUUACAAAUAAGGUUACAAAAACAAUUCCAAACAAAAAAUACAGAAAAAUUAAUACAGAAAAAUGAUUAAAUACAUAGUACAUCUUAGAAGUUAGAUUACAUACAAAAUGAUCAGUAGAGAUACGAAGUUAAAUAUAAGAUUAAUUUAAGUAAGUAAGGAUGAAGACGGCCACGGUAGUAGAAGGGGUUACAAGAUAGACAUAGGAGGAAGAAUAAUUAGGUAUAGGGAGUGAGUAAAUAUGUAUGCAUGUAAAAAUGUAUGUGUAUCUAUAAAUGCAGUGUUCCCAUGCAAAGAUAUAGGUUCAUAGUUUUAGUACUAAGCUAACUCCCCUUGUGAGCCAUUUUAAGCUUAUCCAAUUAUCCCUUGUGAGACUCAAACCCUGCACCUUGUGUUUAUAAGGCAAACACCUUAACCAUUAAGCCAUCCUCCCAACCAAUUGGAUUAUUACUAAUCAAACCACACUUUAUUGAGACAAUUUCAUUAAUCUCUUGACCCAGAGAAACUCCAGAAUGGUCUUUAACAUGGGUCCUGAUGGGGAGGCAAGUUCAGCAUUCACUCAUUCUUUUGCUUCACUGAAACUCCAAAACUAACUUUAACCUGGGUCCUACAAGAGGCUAAAUUCAUAAUUUUCCCAUUUAUUUGCUUCCCUGAAUUAUGAGUCAAUGGGCUUAUGAUCUAUAUGUUCAUAAAUUGCAUAACAACCCAUAUAUGAUACAUAAUGCAAUAUAAAUAAUGAUAUAAUUUUCUUUUUAGUUUGUUGUGGCUACCGCAGAUGUACAGAGAGUGACUUGCAUGGUACAUUAUGGGUUAUGGGAGGUAAUGAGCAGUGAAGGAAUAUUUAUAGAGUGCCAAGUUGCCAAGCAGUCUUAAUGCAUGCAGCCUUACUUGUGUUAGUUUACAGAUGAUAUCUAACUCCUACUUUAAAUUCAUAAAUUACUUUGUGAAAUCCAAGUUAACAUCCUACUCCAAUGAUACAUGCUAAACUAGAAGUAUACGUACUGAUGACUUGUUAAGGAGGGGUUUCAGCAAUAACAGCCUAGUCCUGAAUAACAAAAUUAAAACAUAAUAUAUAAUAUAAUACAACUGUCUCUGUGAAGAGGCUUUUAACAGGGACAAGUUUGGUUUACUCAGCACAUGCACAUUGAUAAACACAUGUACACAUACACACACAUGCUCGCAUACACACACAUGCGCACGCACGCACACACCUACACAAAUACAUACACCCUUGGGGACAUCUAAAACUGGAUUUCCUAUAUUGAAUGACUGUAACAGAAUUUUUAUAUAUUAUCAUCUUCCCUCCCCUACUGUGUUGCAACCUAGCCACCAUUCUGAGAUGUACCUUUGUGUGUGCGCGCGCGUGUGUGUGUGUGUGUGUGUGUGUGUGUGUGUGUGUGUGUGUGUGUGUGUGUGUGUGUGUGUGUGUGUGUGUGUGUGUGUGUUUGUACUUGCAUAAAGUGCCUGCAUUAUAUGCAGAAGAAUAGCUGACUCAGACAACACCUUGUGCCACUACCAUAAACCAGCGCACUACUCCCUCAGCUCUUCAGAAACACUUUACUGUAACACUAUUGACAAUAUAAUGAACAGCUUAUUGCAGAUCCCAGAGCCACAGCCCCCAAGCUGUUCCAUUGAAGAGCAAAAAAAGCACUUCAUUGUCUAAUGAAAGGCUUCUUACAGAUCCACGCCCCACCCACCCAGGCUCUUACACUGAAGAGAUAAAAAAGGACAUUCCUUCUAUUACCACCAACCAGGUGGCCAAAUGCACAAGACACCCACCCUCCUGCCCAUUGGCUCCCAUUUCUGUGCCCUGCCCCCAUCUCCACUUUUAUUAAAAUAAAUAAGAUUUUCUUCUUAUAAUCUGUAGCAAACUACUAGCUAUAAA